AUGCUUUAUAACAGGAUAUCGAAUCGAAUGGCAAUCUUCGAAUCUCCAAUGGAGUGUAAGACAACAGCAACGACGACAUUCUUACCGUUUGAUCGCUCACGUUUAAUUCUCGAGACUGAUACUCCAGAAUGGUAUAAGAUUCUUGUAAUCUUUCAAGCUUCUUCUGAGACUAUGUUGUUUGGCCAUCCAGAUAUGAAUCCAGCUUGGCGAUUAUUUCUAUAUGGUAAUGGUUCACCAACUCAUCACUUAGGAAUACUCACAGGAUCACCUACUGAAGUUGAUGUAUUGGGAAUGUUAUCUGUUGGUUCAAGUCAUGACAAUGCACCAAAUGAAAUCGAAGCUAUUGUGCCACCACGUUGUCGACGUCAAGUUUUCUUACGUAAUACUCGUGGCGAACGUCUUGGAUAUGCUGUAUCAUGGGUGAAUUCUAACGAUGUGAAAGCAGUUUUUAAAGAUACAAACAUUCCAAUUGGCAAGAAUAUUCUUCAACAUAAGACGGAGCUUUUUCGUGAGAUGAAAACGGUCUUUUGUGGUCAUUCAAAGGAACUGGAAAAUGCUUUUGAAGCUUCUGGUCCAUUCUGGGGUCGUUCCUAUUUGUUCUGGAAAGGUGGACGUCCUGUGACUUUUAUCUAUGAAGUUUUUUCACCAACAUUAGAAAAGUAUAUGGGUCAAGUGUUACACUCGACAACUUAA